CGCUAAAGUUGUCUAUCUAUUUAUCUCGUGUGUCCUGCCUACUGUUGGUCUACGACACGAACGUCAGCUACCUGUCAAACCUGGAAUAGAGUGCUUAAUGCUGGGUAUGGGCAAUACAAUCGCCUGAGAACGUAAACACUUUUAGACGUUAUUUAAGUGUAUGAAGUAAUGUUAGUUCAUAUAAUGUCUACGUAACAAGGACAGUGCGCUGCAAGUCACUUUUACUGUAAAACAAUUUGAUUUAGUUCUAAUUAAGAGUUAGGUCAAGCGCAAGGAUUUCCUCCUCACUCCGUACGUCCAGAAUCGACAUGGCAUUCAUUCAUAGCGGAAAAAUGGACUGGUGGUAUCAAAGAUGUCCAAAAGAUUCAACAAGUCACACUGUCUCUCGACCGGGGUACAUGUUAAUUGUCGGGGGACUGCUCCUGAUGCUUGCCCUGUAUCCAGUGUUAAAAACGUUAAGUAUCCAGCUGCACUCUGCCCUGACUGGGAGUUAUGUGGCGGGCCAUCACUCAGUCAUACUCAUCAACUGCCCCAACGAACAAGUGGCCAAGGACAUCGGCAGGUCUCUGAUGGAGAAGCGUAUGGCUGCAUGUGUGAACAUUCUUCCCCGCACCGCCACCAUGUACUACUGGAAGGGUGAGAUCCAGGAUGCCACAGAGAUCCUGUUGCUGGUGAGGACACGCACCUCUAUGGUCCAAAGCCUCACUGAAUACGUAAGAUCUAUCCAUCCCUAUGAGAACCCUGAGCUUCUCAGUUUCCCAGUGGAAGAUGGCAGCCUGGACUACAUGGCAUGGAUAGACGAGGCAGUCCCAGACAGUCCCUAUAUCCCUACCUGAUCCAGGGGGUGAAGCCUUGCAUUGGCACUGGCAUAGAAGAUUCCAGAACUCCCCCGCCACCCCCCCACCCC